CCGAUGCAGGUCAGCCGGCAUGUCAGAUAGAUUAUCUCUUAUUUGGACCCUAACUAGAGAUAGUUUAACAUGGAUAAAUGGGAGGCGGUAUUAACAAGUUGUCAAGAUGAAAAUGAUCAGAGAACCUUCGCCAAAGUUUUGAGAAGCGCUGAAAUUGUCCUGGCCGAGGAUUUAACACCUUUUGAGACAGAAUGGAUUCUGUCGACCCUGCUACACAAACCGGUGCAGCUCCUGCACGUUGUGACAAACAGACGCACAGACAAUGGCUGGGACACUAGCGUGCGCGAUUCAUUGAAGCUGCUGGCGAGCAUAGUCGACAAGUAUUCGUCAGCUGACAAGUACUACUAUGAAAUUGUACAGUUGUGCUUGCUUCAUUACGAGCCGCUGGUACGCCAGCAAGCUCUCUCGUGUCUCAGCAAAGUGGCCAGCAAGUCUGUGGAGGGUGCCCGGAGCUUUACCAGGCAUGUUUCCGCUCUGGAGGAGUCUACCACCUGCAAGGCGCCUCUUGCUGUUUUAGUGGGCACUAUAUGCGAACACCACCCCAGCGCAGUGGAAGAUGAGAUCACAAGGAUAUGGAGAGUGUACCUCAACUUGCUAGACUCCAAUAAGUACAGUGUGACAGUGAUCAAAUCUGUACUGGAAGGCAUUGGCGGCUUGUUCAAACACUUCGGCAUGGAGCUACCGACCCGGGAGUUAAGCAUCUUCUACAACAAACUGGUCACGUAUCUAGACCUGGGGAGGUGCGAAGAAGUGACACUAAAAUUCCUGCAGAAGUACGCACAAUUGUUCCGCGAACGUAUAUCGAGCGAUAAGUGCGCGCGCGCACUCUUAUGGAAAUGCAACAGUGUGAGUGCGCGACCCGCCAUACUAGCCACGUAUGGAGUGGUGUUCGACACAGUUACAGAUGUCGAUACUGUUAAGAAUAUCAUAGAAACAGAGAUCUACCCUCGAACAGCCAGAUCGACACGUUUCUACGAGCGUUUCACAGCGUUGCGCGUUUUGACGAACGCGCACGCACGCAAAGUUGCGUGUGCGUGCGACCUCUGCGAGCACGUCGACAUGCAAGAGCUGGAGUUCAGUUUGAGAGCUGGGAAUGUGGACUAUGAAACCUGCGAAGCGGUAUCUUGGUGCGUGCAGUCGAAGCUGCCGUUUAGCGAACGGCUACUACAGUCGGCCAUAUUGGUUUACGAUCGCUUUCCCGCCAAAAAGGAGAAGGGCGUGGUUGUACACUCAUUGCUGCAGUCUGACAGUGAAGUGAGGAAGUCGAUAACAAACUUCCUGAUCGCGGAAUCAGUACGGCCUUCCACUAAAGAACACUGCGCUAAGAUAUGGCGCGAUGUGUUCGAUACUGAGAGCAACACAGACGACAUUGUCCUCGAGAACUCUAUAUACGUGUUGCAUGACGUGCUGGAGUAUAUAACACUCGUGGUGGAGAACUAUCUAGAAGCCGAUGGAAAUCCCCUCCCAGAUGCAAUGCCAGAGCUUUUUUCCCUUUUGCUGGCAGUGCUGCGUUUGAACUCGGCAAGCGACUUGCCGUGCUCGCUACUGGCGCGAGCUCUGCACAAGUGCGCCCGCACGCACACGCAAGCGGUGCCGGCGGCCAUUUGCUGCGGCUUGUAUGCGGGUGAAGUUUAUGAGGACCUGCGUCUGGACACAUGUAGUGAUGGAGAGAUGAUACUUCAAUUCGCUUUGGUGCUGUUGGAAAUGCCUGAACACAUCGCUGCCAAAUGCCUGCCCCGGGAUAUUGUUUUAGCACUGCAGAUAUUAUUUUCCAAUAACAAUAGUGACUCGUCAGUUCUAAGCAAGGCUGUGCUGCUAUUGGACAAACUUUUGCAGGAAAACAGUGUACCUAUUCAAGACCAAACUCAGCUUAUGCAGAAAGUGGUAAAACUCUCGCAGCGUAUAGGCAAAAUUAGCAAAGGCGAUAGGAUUUUACAUUGGGACAUUGUUAUGUUUUUAGGUAAAUAUGGAAAACAGUGGGAGUUGGCUGACGGAGAAUCAAACUCAGAUAAUUUACUGAUCUAUAAAUUAAAUGAUGCCCUUAUGUUGGAUGUACCGCAUCACGAAGGAAUACUGAAGUUGAAUUUACAAGAAGUUCUCUAUUCAGCCAUAAAGCGUGAAGAGUCGAGUGCUUUAAAUAUGCUGUUAACUGUAAUUACUGCGAGUAUGACUACAAGGAAGGAUCCGGAGCGUAUCUUGCAAACGGCAUUACUGAGAGUAGUUGUGUCCCUCUCGCACUGUGAGGUAAACGAUGACGUCAUACGCGCCGCUGUCUCGCUUUGUGACGGAGUGUGUGCGAACGAGUUGAUAAGGUAUACCGAAGAAGAGAAGUCGUAUAGAUCUCGGAAAACGCUUCUAAAAGCGAUAGCAGUGUUGCUGGAAGCUGACGGAGCGAUUUUGGAAAAUAUUUUGGAUAACGUCAUACCAAACGAGAGUUACUUUACAAAUCAAUCCCAUUUAAACAUAGCAGAGUUUCUACUGAACCAUCUCCAAGACAACAAUUCGUUAUGUCAGAAAUAUCUACGCAGAGUUAUUGCAAAAAUUCUGUACUCUGAAAUUCGUGAUAUCGAAGUAAUGAAAACGGCAUCGGAUUUAUUGAUCGACAAAAUAGGAUUGUUCUCUACGACCGAUAUGCAAGAUUUCAUAAACAACACAUUCAAAAUACUGCUUUCGUCGAAAACAAAAAAUGCAACGAGAUGUACAAUCGCUAUGGAGGUCGUGAAACGGAUUUUGGACACGAAAAACGGAGUAUUGGAAACGGAGGAAGUUUUUGAUUUGUUUCUCAGAAUCGUCGCAAUGGAAGGAAAGAAGAUCAACUUGAAGAUGUUCAUGGCUGUAACGAAAGUUUUUGGGGUCGAUGAAGAAAGAGUUAAGCAAGCGUUCCUGGAGGACAACUUUUUGAGAAAGAUAAUGGAACGACGUUACUACGUGUCCCAAACGGAUCAUCAUGACAACUUCGAUACUGAAACGCAAUUCGAUUUUUAUUGCGAAUAUUUCGACGUCAUACGGCAGAUCGACGAUAACUACCAUAUAGAAAUGACAACAUUAACCCCGGAAAAUGUCAUUAAAUUUGACAAAAAGCUGUCAAAAUGUGUCUCCUUAACAAAAAUACCAGCUUGGUUCAAAGAUCAACCUGUACGGCAAAUAACUCAAGACAUAGAAAAAUACUCUUUCGAAGCGAACCACGAUGUUCUACACGCGCUAAGAAUCAUGGUGAAUGUAUGGUGGAAGGAAAAGUCUGCACCGAUUUUGAUGGAGUUCACAGAUGAUGUAAAGCGCUGGGCGGAUUGGAUAUCUAAGUUGAACGCUUCGGGUUAUAUUCAGAGGAAUUUGAAAUCCAAAAUGGCUUUCUUAACGGACGUUGUUGAGGUUUCUUUUAAAUUUUUGAGCGAUGAAGACGUCGCGGCGCUUGUUAAAGAAGACAAAAAAAAUGGUCUGAAAUUCUUAAGAGAUUUCAUGCCGGCGGUAUACGAUCGUCUAGUAAAACGUCCGUACGUGCUGAUGCAACCUUAUAUGGAAGAUUGCUGUACCGUUUUGAAUGAUGUUGUGAGAUACGCGGUGAGGAGGAAUAGGGGCGAGGAUGUUAUUGAACUGGUUAACUCUCUAUGGCCGCGUUAUGAGCGACAUUCCACGAUGGAUGAGAAGUACUCGCUGUUUUCGGACCUGUGCCCCCUCCCCCCGGAAGGCGGCGCGGGGCGGUGGGCGGUGCUCGCCAUCGGCUCGGGCGACACCAAGCUAGAUGAUAAAAUCAGAUUGUUGCAAGUUUUGCGAGUCGGUGGAGAGUACAGCGCUCUGCACAAGCUCCUGUGCCCGCAUCUGCCCGCGCGACUAAGCGAGCUAUCCGGACUCGCGUCGUGUUGCUUCCGGUCUCUUCUUGACGCUCUCGCCGACGCGAGCGACACUCGCGCUGACACGAGCGACACUCUCCUUGACAUCGUCGCCACGCUGGCUGCCAGUGACAGUGAAAAGGGAUGGUGGGACGACGCUAUAGACGUAUGCAUGUCUGCUGUAGCGAAAAAAGCCGAUGUGCGUACCUACCGGGCGGUGUUUGCGCGAUGCUUCGAAGGGAGAGGCCUUGGUGCUUGCACACGACUCAUGCUUCCGUUGCUGAGGUAUUCAACACCGUCGCUAUGCGAGGAAUUCUUCUCUACGGUGCUAGAAGAAUUGUUGAAUAUACUAAAGAAGAAACCAAGAGACGUCAGCGCCCACUACAGCUAUGAGAAAUGUCUGCUCGACUACGUACUGGCAUUUUAUAUGCUUGAAGUCGUGUUCCAGAAGGUGCCGAAAGACCAUAUACAAUCUCCCAGGUCAGUGCUAUACAGCAAGAUGUCGAUUGGAGACACUCCCUCGUUUAUCGUGAGCACAGCGUGCAAGCUGUGCGUGACUUUGCGGAACAUUGUGAAGUGCCCCCCCGAAGCGGACGAUAAUAUGCGAAAAAGCUUCAGGUCAUUCUUCUGCGCGAACUACAAUACGCUUGCGUCUGCCAUUUGUUGCACGCAAAUGAAGCCGCAAAUAUGCGCCACAGUCUUCACACAAACUAUCUGGGACACUCUGAUUGGUGACGAGGAAAUCCAGCUGCCUCUUAGGCCGCAAUGGAAUCAACGGAGCACCCGCCAGGCCGUGUCAAUCGAGGUGGCGGGUGGACUGCUGUCGUUGCGCACGCCUGCGACUCUUAACAGCGUGCGCACACCGGCGUUCUUGCGCACACUCUCCGAAAACAUCUUCCAGUAUGACUUAGUCGAAGAAGAUGAUCAGGCUCCAGCUCAGAACCUACAGCUGUCGGACAACGUACUCAACCGUCACGAAUGUGCGGGCACGUUGACUGCCUUGCUCAGUAGAGUAAGCGUUCUCGAAGGCGUGAAUUGGCGGGACGCUCUCGUCGCCACCCUGGAGGGGAGUGCGAGGGCGAACGUCAAAUGGCUUUUGACACAGGCUAUAUGCAACAGUAAGGAGGAUUUCAAGCCGCACGCUAGUGCCCUGCGCCCGGCGUUGCUGGCGGUCAUCGUCAGCACUGCAAAGGACAACAAGCUGAACGGUCUACAUAUUGAUAUCAUGGAUACAUUAAUAUUUUGGAACGAGACUAACGAGCCCUCUAGCAACUUAAACUCGACCAUAGAUUGCAUAAUAACGACAGCCAUAGACAAUAGACUGAACAAGAGCAUCUACUACAUGCUGUUGGAUAAAUUGACCAAAAUGUUGCACCGUUCUGUGACUAUCAACUGGAGUUUUUUCGAGAAUCGAUUAGCAGAGCCCAAUUCAGAGACCGCAAAAUACUACAUAGAUAUUAUGAAACGGGUAUUACAAUGCAAUGUGUAUAUACCGGAGUUGCUACCAGCUUUGACCGCUACACUUGGAAAUGUGCGGGCAAUGUCCGAACUGACCACGCUGUUCGCUCUCGCCAUGGCCGCCGCUCGAGACAGGGGGGAGGGCGAGGGGGAAUGGCUCAAUAGGUACCGGAAAGUGCUGGACCGUUUACGUAGAAGCGACCACGGGGAGUACAUCAAGCUUCUGCGGGAGGCGCAGAAAGGUUUCCCGGGAUGCUGUGACGAGACUCACUUCCGAUCUAUAGCAGACCUCACUCCCAAGGUCACGGGUCGGCCGAAACUGCAGUGCCUUGAGAUACUCGCGGCGUACGUGUCGGACGCGCGGCGCAACGAACGCGUCGCUAGCGUGUUCGACACCGUGGGGCUGGUGGAGAUGACGAACACGCGUGAGGCACUCGCACUGAUAAGAAACGGCCUGCACUUAAUGGAGGAAAAUCUGCGAAAGCGUAUAGUGAGCCAAGUCGCCGGCACAUGUCAGCAGUUGCCGGUCAAAGUGCGCAGUGUGGCCUACGGGGUGCUGGUCAAAGCGUUACAAUUGCUUCUGUCAACGGAACCCAAAGAACCUUUUGCUAAAAGGCGCGCCCGGGAGUCGAACUCGCUACUCCUCUCGCUCAGCGAUGCUUACACUGAAACUGUACUGACGGGAGUAGCCCAGGGUUUGGUGGAUGGAGAUGCAGAAAUUUCCGAAAGCGUAAGAGAGGGAGUCGGUGGAUGCCUUAGUGAAGAUUGCGGAGUCAGACUGUGCGAAAGUUUUCUAUUAGCUCUGGCCGUACCCUUUAAGAACACAUCGAAGUUGCCAGAUGGUUCCAACUUGGCGGCCAUGUUGGAUUUAUUCUUCCGACGUAUCCGAGAUCAGGAGAUUUUCCAGAAGGCGACAUUGAGAGAGGAACCAUUAGAACUGCGGCCAAUAAUAUCUACGACAGCUUCUCAGUCUACUUUGACUCUUGGAAACCAGCGUGGCGCUGAACAAGAUUCUUCUACCGUCUGUUUAAAUGUCCAGAUGUCACUGGACGAAAUACUCAAAACAUUGUUGCUCGUACUACAGAAAGACCCCGCAGCAGCUACGUCGGUCACCAUCCAGCUAAUCAAGGCGUUCAAAACGCGACGUCCCGGCUUUGAUUUCGACUCGACAAUGUGUGACAUUAUAUUGAAAUGUCUCAGCACCAUAUGCAAUUUAACGCCUUGCAUUUUGAGUAUAGCCAGGCAUGUUGACAUAUGGGAGUCAUCCAAUUUAGAAGAAGUUAUAAAUGAGCUAGUUCGGAAAACCAGAAAUACUGAGGGGGAAGAUAUUUGCAAGCUUUUGCGAGAGGAUUACAGAAUGCGAGUUCAUGGCCCAGAACUGUUUCUGAUGGGGAUAACGGAUGAUGAUGUUGAUAUGCUUGAAGCUGUACCAGAAUUUUCAUUGAAAGAUCUUACUUCGUGUUUCGGCAAGCUGUCAAACUGGGAAGACCUGACGUCACGAGAGAAGAGAUCUGUCAAAUCCGCCCUCCCGGCGUUGUGGAGCAGUCAACGCAAUUUCGAGGCUGAUAUUCAAGAGUAUGAUUUGACAGACUGUCCCACGUGGGUGAACGCAAUGGUCUCAGCGUAUCGGAACACCGAGCAGCACACAUUCAAAUGGCUAACGGAGAUGGACACGUGGCCGAGGAAGCCGUUUGAUAUAUCAGCUUUGAUGGAGGCCACAAUCUGGGACCGUAUCCGCGACACGUGCGACGUCAAGCUGCCCACGUUACCUCAGCACAUACACCCGUCGGACUGUCUCGCUGAGUGGGCCUUUAGGAUUAUGCUGAGAUCCAGCUACUUGAAGUCGCUGAAGGAAACCUCAAAUGAGGAGCUGGAUAAGCUGUCUCACUCGCACGAGCUGCUGUGGUGUGCGAGUGCGAGCGAGAGAGGGUUACACGCACAGGUUUUGGAGUGCUGCAAGCAUGUCACUGGUUUGUACGAGAGCGAAACGAUGAAGUGGUUACGUCACAAAGUGCUAGCCCGCAGAGCGAUUGCACUCGAGAGAAACGAUAGCGAAAGUUUGAAGAGCGCACUCAAUUUUGCUGAACAAUAUGCGAAACAGUUUGCGGCCAAGUCGUGCUUGGAAGACGUACUCGGCAUGAAUGAAGUGAUACUGCGCUUGAAACGAGAAGUAAAAUCAUUAAAGCAGGACGAUAUAGAAAAAAUACGCACUGAAAUAUCAAGCAAGUUGAGGACAAAGGAGCUUAUGCCAGAUAAGCUAUCGAAAUUUAGCAAAAAGCACCUGGAUUCAAUAUUUGUAACCGCUAUGAGCUAUUUUAAUGGCCUCUGGGAUUCUUAUACAGGUGCAACUAAAUAUGACCUUUUAAAGUACAUGAUGGGUAUACUAGAACUGUUCGCGAAGCUGGAUUUGGGUGAUAAGGGGAAACUAUUGGCGGAUGUGAUAAUAGACAGGUUCGAUGACGUCACUUUGGAUCCCAAAAUGGCGCGCGAACUGUUGGACGUGUUCAAGUUAGUAAGCAAUCGACUGGACGAAAUAUCCAUCGGUCGGUUAACCAGUGUCUUGGACGAGUGCACUGAAUACCGGGACGAGUUGAAGGAGAUUUCGGACGAGGUCGGGAUGGGCAAAUACCGACGGUGCCUCAGUCUACUGUGCGACGCUGAGUAUCAGUUGCUGCAGUAUUGCAGGAACUUGGUAUGCUCUUUGGAAAGAGAAGAUUCUGCCGGAUGGUCACGGGUGUACACAAAUAUGAUGGCAGCCAUUUUUGAGAACCCAUACGCGGGGCCCAACUAUGAAGUGCUACAUAAAUUUAGGAACGCCUUGGAUGAUAUCGCUGAUAAAGGUACCAGCAGGGAUUUGAAACUAGAAGUGUUGUCAUCAAUACAGUCGCAGCUAAGAGGGACGCCAAAGGACACUGUUUCCCUCUCUAACCUCUGUCCCGCUCUCACGCACGGGUUAGAGGGAGACGAAAACCUCGCGAGGCUUUUGUGCUUGAAGAGAGGUGUAUUUGUCGCGAAGUUUGAGGAAAAGAUAUCAGUGUUCGUGGACUCCAUCCGUCGGCCCACGUUGGUGCGAUGCCGACUGACGGACGGAUCGCUCGUGCGGUUUAUCGUGAAGAGCGGCGAACGAAUCCGACCGCACUGCGCGGCGGUGCGCCUUCUGACGACUGUGCAAGCGGGGUCUACUAGGCGCUACAACACUGGAUAUCAUGUGACCCCGCUGAAUGAGGAAUGUGGUCUCAUCCACUACCUCGAAGACCACGAGCGGCUGAAGGAGUUGGUCUCCGCCGCGUGCGCAGUGGACAGUUUGGUUUCGACCGUUCACCGUUCCAAGGACAGCGAGCUUAUUCUGGCGCCGACCAGCUCCUUGCAGCAGUUUGAGCUGAUGUGCGCCAAAGUACCAGCUUAUUUACUGAGAUCCGCCAUCGAGUCGAGAUGCGUCAACACCCAAGACUUCAUCGCUAAGAAGAAGAACUUCUUGGAGUCAUUAUGCGACAUGACCAUACUCAGUUACUUUUAUGGUAUCGGCGAUCGUCACUUGGAGAACACGAUGUACAGCAUCCAAGAUGGCGGAGUGUGUCACGUGGACCUCGGCGCCAUCUUGCAAUAUGGCGGCGGGGAACUCCCGCCCGCCAGGCUGACUAGAAACGUGCUCGCGGUUUGCGACAUUACAGUAACAGAAAGCCGGCUUCAGAGCAUCUUAUCUUAUAUUCGCGACUCGCGCGAGCUACUCUUGCCAGCUAUCACUGUCUCUUUCAAGUGGAUGGAGGAUCAAGAACUAAUGAACAAGCUACACCACGUCAAGAACUUGAUUCUGGGUUCAACAUUAUCCCACAAAGUUACUGUCGAAGAAUUAUCAAAGUCCAAUAGAAAAUACAAGGAAAAGUAUAUAGAACUGCUCGAAGACGUGUUCGCCGAUUUUGAAGUAAAAGAAACUUACACUAUCGAAGAACAAGUGUCAAGUUUGCUGCGUCAGAGUACGGAACCCCGUAUUCUCAGCGUCACAAGGUCCGGCUGGGAGCCCUGGAUAUAACAUAAUGGAGACGAUAUCGGAAAAAUAGCAUUGUGCGAUUAAGAUCGCAUUCGCAAAAAUAUGGAAGGCUUUGGCCGUGGCUUGUAACCACGCUAGCGACAACGACGUUCCGCCAAGCAAUUUAGCUUUACGUAACGAUGCCGCGUAGGAACCGAUUAGGUGUAUAAAAACUGCCGUACCUCUAAAAGGCUAGCCGGUUACUAACUUUGACUGCAUCAUUAUUUUCCAGCAAGUGAGAUUGCAGUCACAGGGCUAACUGGUAGAGGAAUAAAAAAAAAUAACAAGAUCACUGCCACAGAAUCAAGAACAUGAAGAAACCGUGUACACGCCUAAUGUUGGAGCAUCAGAAACCAUUCAACUUUAAUAUUGUUUCUCAGUACGUUAGUUAUUUCACUCCAUUUAGCAGUUGAUAGUUAAUAUUUACCUCUAAAGUUCUAAAUGUUUACUUUUUAACAGUGUUUAUUGAAUUAAGUGAGUCAGUGUUUAUUGAAUCAAGAUUCGCCAAUAUGAACUUGGCGCAGAUCGAGUACCAAAUUGCGCGAGCAUGGUAGAGCUCACCAGUAUUAUUACAAUUUUUAUGCUUGAUUACUGUUUUGGGAAAGAAAAAUAUGAACAGUAGACGUUUCAGGUCCAUACUAAAUUUUCAGACACACAUACACACACCCACAAUCACACAGUUCCUAAUAAUACUUUGUCAAACUAAAAAAAACUAAACUGCGUUUUUAAAUAAUAAUGUGUUUAAUUAAAUGUGUUAAAAAAA